AACAUUAUAAUGCUGGGAGCCUCCUUUUUUAAGCACACCGCGAAUUUUUCUUCAUUUGCCCACUAUAUGCUUUUUAAAGGGAGUUAAAAGUUUUUAGGGCUAGCAGGAGCGCUGCGCCAUGCUCUCUCACGCCGACCUCCUGGAUGCUCGCCUCGGUGAGUUAUCGCCACCCAACUCCGGUCUCCAGCUCCACUGGAUGAAAGAUGCAGCAGCAGAGCUGCUCGGCCACCGGGAUGCUUUAAAGUGCAGACUCGGCGCCGCGGACGGCGGCCAUCCAGGCGACCUGAGCUCCGGCGCGGUCGACGCGGUCGAGGGGACCACCCUCCUCCCCGGGGAAGACAUAAGCAAUGGCGGAUCAAACCCCAACGGCUUGCAGCAGGUCGGCUCCAAAGAGCAGGACAAACAGCAGCAGCAGCAGAGCUCGGCUCAGGGCGGCGGACAGCAGAGCCAGAAACAGAAACGCCACAGGACCCGCUUUACUCCUGCGCAGCUUAAUGAACUGGAGAGGAGCUUUGCAAAAACCCAUUACCCGGACAUCUUCAUGAGGGAAGAACUGGCGCUCAGGAUCGGAUUAACAGAGUCCCGCGUGCAGGUUUGGUUCCAGAACCGCCGCGCCAAAUGGAAGAAGCGCAAGAAGACCACCAACGUAUUCCGCGCGCCCGGCACGCUGUUACCCACCCACAGUCUGCCGCAGUUCCCGUCCGCCGCGGCCGCCGCCGCCGCUAUGGGGGACGGCCUGUGUUCCUUCCACGCCAACGACACGCGCUGGGCGGCUGCCGGAAUGCCCGGGGUCUCUCAGUUGCAGUUGCCACCCUCUCUGGGCCGCCAACAGGCCAUGGCACAGUCUCUGUCGCAGUGCAGCCUGGGAGCAGGACCGCCCCCAAACUCCAUGGGCCUUUCCAACAGCUUACAGUCCAAUGGUUCCGGGCUGCAGUCGCACCUGUACCAGCCCACCUUUCCCGGCAUGGUGCCCGCAUCCCUCUCCGGUCCGACCAACGUGAGCGGCUCGCCCCAGCUGUGCAGCUCGCCGGACAGUGAUAUGUGGAGAGGGACCAGUAUCGCUUCACUGCGCCGCAAAGCGCUCGAGCACACGGUGUCAAUGAGUUUCACCUAACGGGACAGACCGAAAUUAUACAAAAAAGAGGUCCUCGCAAAAAAAGAAUGAAAAAAUGAAAAAGAAAUAAAAAAAAACACCGAAUAGUUCACCAACAGUACAGGAGCACUCAGGAGCUGAGGGUGGGCUAACUAUGGGGAUUUAUUGGAGCAAUUGGCAGCCAUUAAGGAAAAAUGGAAAGUGGAAAUUUCAGCAAAAUCCAUACCAUUUUUGCACAACUGUUGAAAAAAACAUUUGUUGACUUAACCGUUUUUAAAAGUGAGUGGCCUGGCAACCUUAAAAUCAGUCAUAGAACUUCGAGUUACAAGUUAACAAACAAACAAAUUGUUUGUUAACUUAUGAUUUACUUAUCAAAAUCACAACAUUUAAGGCAUACAGGUGAACUUACAAACUUACCCAUUUAAACUAAUUUUUACAACGAGUUUUUUUGAACGGAUGGUUAACGUAUUCUGGGCCAUCUGGUAAAUGCAGUACCUGUACAGUUUCUGCACUACAAUCAACUGUAGUCUUUCCAAAAAGCAAGAAAUUUGUCUAUAAAUAGGCUAAGACUAUCUUUAUUUCGUUGGAAAGUAAAUGUAACAAGACCUUUAUUGCAGAUAUAUGUCCCCUGUAGCAAAAACAGAUGGCUCAUAACAUCACCAUCCACCUUAUUUUAUUAAUGUGUUGGAGAAUUUCUGGUAAUUUUCGGUGUAUUUUUCCAUUGCCAUUUAUUUAUUGAUUUAUUUACUUAUUUAUUAAUUUAUUUAUUCAAACGUAUUUAUUGUUUUUCUUCUUGCGUGUGUUCCUUCCUAGUAAAAGAACAGCCACGCAUCCGGUGAAAUUAUGUCAUUGAUCAGACUACUAAGGUUGAUAUUUGUUUAAGGAAUCCCCGUGUACUGCAUGCCACGAUUGGUUUAAAGCAUGGGGCACAUGUGGGUUGGUUCUCACCGUUUUGUACAGGCGAGUAUGAUGUAUUAUGAGCAGGUUCUCCAAGAAUCCGGUUCAGCUGCAUGUCCAUUGGCGAGGAGCACCGAGGGGAGUUGACAUAAAGCAAAAUGAACUUGACUAGGAUGUUCGUGUAGAUAAAAAGCAUUCUUGUUACCUGCUGGUCUGUUUGUGAUAUGUUUUGACUUACUGUAUGUGCUUAUUAAUGAAGUGUUUUUUGUUUUUCUUUCCUUUUCUUAAACGUUUAUCCUUACCAAAAUGCAACACACCUGGGCAGGUUUAUAUCAAUUUAUUGUAAAUGGGUGAAUAAAAUCAUUUUCAGUAAUGUCCAA